AUGGGGAACUACGUCUCCUGCACGCUGGCGACUCCGCUGAUCAAGAGCGGGAAGGCGGCGAGGGUGGUUUUCCCCGGCGGCGAGGUGAAACAGUUCCGGGAACCGAUGAUCAGAGCGGCGGAGAUCAUGUUCGAGUGCCCGAAUUUCUUCCUCGCCAACUCCCAGUCCCUCCACAUCGGCCGCCGGUUCUCGCCGCUCCCCGCCGACGAGGAGCUCGAGCUCGGAAACGUCUACCUCACGUUCCCCAUGAGGAGGGCCAGCUCCGUCGUCACCGCCGCCGACAUGGCGGUGUUCUUCAUGGCGGCGAACUCGGCCGCCAAGCGGAUCGCCGGAGGAUCGGCGGCGGGUGGAGGAGGAGGAGGAAGGGUCCAGCCGGAGGAGAUGGAUCCGGAUCGGGUGAGCGGCGGCGGAGAAGGGGGAAGGAAGAGCUUGGAGGAGAUGGCGGAGGAAUUGGAGAUUCCGGCUGAGUUUAAGCACAGGAUGUCGAUUUGCCGGUCGAGGAAGCCGAUGCUGGAGACGAUUAGGGAAGAGCCGGCGACUCCGGUGCUUUCCAGAUGA